UUCGCAUUUCCCAGAGUACAGGCAGGACUCGGUUGGCCGGCUAGCUGCUUUCAGUGACACAACAUUAUCGCGCAUUAUGGCUAAUACUGUACUGUAAACGUGACUUUAUCUCAGGUUAUUCACAAACCAUUCAAACCAUGUUUGUCUCGUGUUGGCUCCUUACUGUUUUGAAACGUGUAACGCGUCGUCCUUCGGCUUUUCUUCCAAUUUUAAGGAGGUGAAGUCUGUCACUUUAUGUCCAACCUGCGCUGUCGGAAGUCCCGCCCUCCCAACCAAUCACAUCAGAGGAUAAAUACACCGGCUCUUUCGAGCCCAGUGCCGCUGACCACGCCGUCCAGAGGAUGUCCCACCUGUAAACCAAAGUCCACACAGACUCAGCCAUCUGUUGAUUUAAACGCCACCUCUCUGGCCGUUGGAGAACCAUGUGGGGUCUACACUCUGAGCUGUGCCCAUGGUCUUCGUUGUGCACCUCCAGAGGAUGAGCCGAGGCCCCUCCGUGCCCUGCUGGAAGGCAGGGGGGUCUGCAUUAAUGCCAGCAGCAUCAGCCCGACCGACAAUAGUCACACUGUAGACCCAGCACCUACUGAGGAUCCAGAUGAGGCCCCGUGUCGCAAACUGCUGACUACACUUAUCACAGGUCUUGAUGCCCAUUUAUUUAACUCAAAUCAGGAUAUCUACAUGCCCAACUGUGACAAACGUGGCUUCUUCAGAAAAAAACAGUGUUGGUCGUCUCGAGGUAAGCAGCGGGGCAAGUGCUGGUGUGUGGAUCCGAACGGCAUGCCAGUCUCCUCAAACACUAAACAGAGGGGCGGCCUGAGUUGUUAGAAUGGGUUCAGCCUGGGCUGGAGAAGAGGAGGCUGAAGCUUCAUUUGCCCAUAUGAGAAAAAGAUGAAGGAACACCACACAGAGUCUAAAGGAGCCAAACACAGUCUCACAUCUCCAGCAGCCAGCAGCUCUCUACCAAUGAGAAGCUGCUUCGAAAUCCGGUGUAACUUUGUCUCCUUGCGCCCUCUACUGAACAUAUUAGGACUGUAUUAAUUAGACGUUCCUUCCACAUCUACUAUAUUAGAUGGAGAAGUAUAGUGUAUCAAAUUUAUAUCAACAUGUGGAAUGAUCCGGGCCAAGUGUCACAUUGUAGUAGGAGACUUUGUUGAGGCAAUCUGUAGUUACCUGAACGGUCUCUUACCCACUAACUUAACUCCGCACCUACAGUUUGGGCUACACAUAUUCAGGUUGUUCAAGUUUCAACAGUCUGACUCCAUUUGUUUCAGGAACAGUAUGAUUUGGACCAAUGUAUCAUAUUUAUACGUAUAUUUUCAGUAUUUUUUUUACUUUGAAACCACUGUAACUGUGUUACUGUAAUUGCUGUACAUAAUCUCUAGAUGUAAUCCUAUUUAUGUUACUUUGAAUAUGAUAUUCUAUUUAUGUUAAUGUUGCUGGCAAUUUGAAUAAGUAAUUUAUCAGUGGUUGCCCAUGAGAGCAGACGCCAGAGGUAUUAUUUGAAAAGCCUGAUCAUCUAAUGCAGAAUUAGAUGGGGGCAUUAUUAGUAUGUGUUUCUUUUUUUGGCAUUUGUCAAGAAAAUAUGCCUCUUGAUCAGUAAGAGGACGUGUGUUUAACUGACGGGCAGUAUUGUAACAUGUCUACGCGAGAAAUUGGA